GUUGUGGGCCGCGGGCCGGACCGGGUCCCGGGGCGGCGGGAGCCAGGGCCGGGCAGAAGGGUUGGCGGGCCGUUAGGGGGCCGCCACGGCUGUCGGGUCCCUUCCUCUGCCGGACUUGCGCGCCCCGGCGCCCGGAGCCUCCGGCGCUCUGCCCACCCCGCUUCAGCUCGCGUCUCCCGACUCCAAUUAGAGCAGCCCGACGGCCAUGGAGGCCGAAGAGACGAUGGAAUGCCUUCAGGAGUUCCCGGAACAUCAUAAAAUGAUCCUGGACCGAUUGAAUGAACAGCGGGAGCAGGAUCGGUUUACUGACAUCACCCUGAUUGUCGACGGACACCAUUUUAAGGCCCACAAGGCUGUUUUGGCUGCUUGCAGUAAGUUCUUCUACAAAUUCUUUCAGGAGUUUACUCAGGAACCUUUGGUGGAGAUAGAAGGUGUUAGUAAAAUGGCCUUCCGUCAUUUAAUUGAGUUCACAUAUACAGCAAAAUUAAUGAUACAAGGAGAAGAAGAAGCCAAUGAUGUAUGGAAAGCAGCAGAGUUUCUACAAAUGCUAGAAGCUAUCAAAGCCCUUGAAGUCAGGAACAAAGAAAACUCAGCUCCACUAGAGGAAAAUACCACAGGAAAAAGUGAGGCAAAAAAAAGAAAGAUUGCAGAAACUUCAAAUGUUAUCACUGAGUCAUUGCCCUCUGCAGAAUCAGAACCUGUUGAAAUUGAGGUGGAGAUUGCCGAAGGCACAAUUGAAGUGGAAGAUGAAGGCAUCGAAACAUUGGAGGAAGUGGCUUCUUCCAAGCAGUCCAUAAAGUACAUUCAAAGCACAGGUUCCUCUGAUGAAUCCGCCCUGGCACUGUUGGCAGAUAUUACCAGCAAGUACCGUCAAGGUGAUAGAAAAGGGCAGAUAAAAGAAGAAGAUGGUUGUGCAUCUGACCACACAAGCAAACAGGAACACAUGAAAUCACACUCCACUGAGAGUUUCAAGUGUGAAAUAUGCAAUAAAAGGUAUCUUCGGGAGAGCGCAUGGAAACAGCACCUCAACUGUUACCACCUCGAAGAAGGUGGAGUCAGUAAGAAGCAAAGAACUGGGAAAAAAAUUCACAUAUGUCAAUACUGUGAGAAACAGUUUGACCACUUUGGACAUUUUAAAGAGCAUCUUCGAAAACAUACAGGUGAAAAACCUUUUGAAUGUCCAAAUUGUCAUGAACGAUUUGCUAGAAAUAGCACCCUCAAAUGUCACCUGACUGCGUGCCAAACUGGAAUAGGGGCAAAAAAGGGAAGAAAGAAGCUUUAUGAAUGUCAGGUCUGUAACAGUGUGUUUAACAGCUGGGACCAGUUCAAAGAUCAUUUGGUAAUACACACUGGAGAUAAACCCAACCAUUGUACUUUAUGUGACUUGUGGUUUAUGCAAGGAAAUGAAUUAAGGAGGCAUCUCAGUGAUACUCACAAUAUUUCAGAGCGUCUAGUAACUGAAGAAGUUCUUUCAGUAGAAACACGUGUGCAGACCGAACCUGUGACAUCAAUGACUAUUAUAGAACAAGUUGGGAAGGUGCAUGUGUUACCAUUGCUUCAGGUUCAGGUGGAUUCAGCACAAGUGACUGUGGAACAGGUCCAUCCAGAUCUGCUCCAGGACAGCCAAGUGCAUGAUUCACAUAUGAGUGAGCUUCCAGAGCAGGUCCAGGUGAGUUAUCUAGAAGUGGGUCGAAUUCAGACUGAAGAAGGUACUGAAGUACACGUGGAGGAGCUGCAUGUCGAACGGGUAAAUCAGAUGCCAGUGGAAGUACAGACUGAACUUCUAGAAGCCGACUUGGAACAAGUGACCCCUGAAAUCAUGAACCAGGAGGAGAGAGAGCCUCCCCAAGCAGAUGCUGCUGAGGCUGCCAGGGAAGAUCACCAAGAUGCUGAUGGUUUAGAGACCAAAUCAACAGUGGAUUCCCAAGCAGGGAAUGAGAACAGAACACCUAUGCCUGUUUUAGAAUGAAAUAACAAAUGAAUAUAUUUUUAAAUUUAUGUGUUGGAUUUUUGAACUGCUGAUGGGCAGUGUGACUGUCCUUAGGCUAACAGACAAGUGGACCAAAGUUAAAGUCUUUACUGUUGUGAACUGUUUCUGUUGAAACAAACUGAUUUCCCCCCACUUAAUGCCACAGAGGAGGGAUCUUUCCCAUAAGUGAACGGGAAGCUUUUGAGAAGUAUUAUUUCUGGAAACUUAAAUGGAUUAUAUUCUUAUUAUAUAGUUGGGUACGAAUGUAUCUAUUUUCAUUGUGAUAAGGGUUCUCCCUUCUCUCUUUCCCAGGUCAUGUCCUUUCUCAGAUUCUUUCCAUGUUGUAAAAUCAAACAUAAAAUCAUUAGAAUACAAACAAUGUAUUCUAAUGCAUGUUAGAAAAUUGAAUAUAUAGGAAACACAAGGCUGCAUGAAGAAAAGUACAUUGUUACUGUGCAGUUAAAUUUUGGCUUCUGGCUUUCUUUAGUUUGAACAACCUCGUCUAUACUGAUAGUCACAGAUGUCAUCUCUGCAACAGAAACAGAGUGGUGGUGGCAAAAUUUCUAGAAUGUAAAAAAAAAAAACCCACACCCAUGUGCCUUUUCAAAACCAACUAAACUUCUUUAAAGUGUCUCUGGUUCUUUCAAAAUUUGUGUUGUAAGGAGCAAUGUAGGUGAUGCUAUAGUAUUUUAUGUUUUUGCUUAUAAUGGCAACUACCAAUUCUUCUUCUUGGUAACUUAGGUUGAGAAAUUUCAUUUAAUGGCAACUGAAGGGCCACUUCCAAUUGGGAAAAUUCAUUUAUAUCUGUGGUAAACUUUUUUUUUAAAUGAAAGGUUGCACUAGUAUUUUACCACCAGAUGAAAAAAAGAUGAGCAUCAUUUAAAAAUUAAUGUAUUUAAAAUAAAGUACAGAGAAAAACAUGUAUAUAAUAUAUCAGGCUUUGUUUUGAAUGAAUCUUUUUCCCCCGAUCCUUAAUGUAAAGAUCUUGUGCUAUAACUUUUAAAGCCAUACAAAUAAGAGUGCUAAACUGUGGACUUAAAAGUAGGUGUGUAAAUAUUUUUAAUCAGUAUUACUUGGAAAAUAAAAUAUAACAACCACAUAAAAUAAACCAAUAUGCUAUUUUCUUUACCUGUUAAAUAUUGGG